AUGGCAGUCCAGCGACUCUUCUGCAUCUUGCUUCUCUUCUUCCCUGUGAAGCUGUCUGGAGGCGUCUCUUCACGUCUCCAUCGCCGUCUCCCCUCCUUUGCGUCGUCCUUCCCUCCCUUCUCUUGGCUCUCUUGUUCUUCUCACGCCUUCGUCUCUCCUCCGCUCUGUUCGUCUCCGCGGUCUUCCUCUCCCUCUUUUUCCUCUUCUUCCUCGCCUUUUUCUCUGUCGUGUUUUCCAUCUGUUUCCGCUCCAGGCCCUCUGCGUCUUUCUCCGUGCGUCUGGCGGCUCGCCUCGCCAGCCUUCUGGGCCUCGCGCACUCGCGCCUCCGCCCCGACUUCGCCGUACUCUUCUCUCUCGCUUCCGCGUGCCUCAGCCAAAGGCGGAUGCGGAGGGACGCCGCAGCCUGCUUCGCUCUUCGAAAGCUUCCUGCGGUCGCGCACCUCUGCAGACGCCUCGCGUGGCGCACCGCACUGCGCCUCCGCCGCGCAAUCGAGACCGCGAGCCGCGAGCGCUAUCGAAGAGGAGAGCGAAGAUGAAGCCUUUGCGCGCCUGGUCGCGCAGCUUCGCCAGGCUGGCGCCUUCGUGGAGCCGGGAUCUCUGCUUUUGAAGGAGACAGAUCUGCUUCAGAACUCCGCGUUCGUCUCUGCCGAGCGAACCAACGAAGAGUCGGCAGAGACCCGAUGCAAGGGCCUGCGAGAGGGAAGCCUCGAGGCGCAGGCGCCCAUUGGAGCUGCGCGGCGAGCGGAGAGCGAAGGGAGCGGAGGAAAGACGCAGCUGCGAGGUCUGGUCGCAGGCCGGCUGUUUAAGAAGGGCGAUCUCAUCGCCUGGAUUCCCGAGGCGCUCCAGUUCUCUGAGAAGAACUUGCUGGCGUGGCUGAGCGAGGCCGGGCGCCGCCAGCUCGCGGGCCGGACCACCCAAGGCGGAGACGCGGUCGACGCUACGGGGGACGCGGCUGCGGCGCGAGGUGGAGACAGAGGCGAGAGCGCCGCCGCAGCGCCGCCACCUCUCGCGGAAGAAGGGAGAGGAGCGGCUGAGAAGAGCGGAGGCGGUGCGCAGGGAGGCGAAGAGAGAUCACGCGCGAACGAGACGGGUGCGGCUCUCGCGCUGGGCACGAGCGCCGCCAGCUCGAAGGAAGCCGACGCGGAUCUUCUUCUCUUUUUAAAUGCCUUGCUACAGUCCGACACGCUCGCGGGCGAUUGGCAGGCUCGUCUGGCGGUCUCGCUCUUAGUUUUUCGUUCGUGGCUCUCUCCUCGUUCAGAGGCGGAACUCCAGGGCGCUUCGACUCCGACCCCGCCUGCGGAGACAGCGUGCGGGCGCGGAGUUCCACCGGCCGGUCUCGGCGCUCUGUGGCGAGCGUAUUUGUCGCUCCUCCCGCAGAGCCUCGACUGCAUGCUUCUCUUUUGGAACUUGAAGGACCUGCGGACGCUUGAGCACCGCAUCGUCAACGCCGUUUUGAAGCGGAUUUUCACUCUGCACUGCGUGGCGGAGGCCGCCGACCGACUGGGCUCGCCUUCUCGCUCGUCGCCGCGCGAGGCCUCCUCCUCUGCGCCCGCCUCCGUCUGCAGAGAGUCUUCUUCCCCCGGGCGCGCACGCCCGGGCGCUCGUCUGGACGCCGAGGAGAUCCUCCACGAGGCUGGCCUCAAGUGGGCUGCCUGCGUCGUCUCCUCGCGCAGCCUCCGCGGUGCCGGCGGACGGCGAGCUGGCGCUCUCGUCCCGCUCCUCGAUCUGCUCAACGCCGGCGGAGGGAGCCCUGGGGCGCGGCCGAAUGCGCGACUCACGACGAGCUGCGCAGGGCAGGCUCCAGUCCCAGCCCCGCGGGCGGCGCCCCCGGCUCCGGGCGCGGGGUCUGAGGCGCACUCGAAGGCGCGGGCAUCGGGCGCGCGUGGAGGCGGAGACGCGGACCCCACGGGGCCCAGAGAGCGAGAGGGAGACGAGGCAGAAGCGGGAGAGAAAGGAGCAACAGACGAGGAGAGCGAAGCGAGAGAGCGGGAGGACAUUCGCCACGAAGGUCCAGAAGAGCAGGAGCGGGCCGGGCGAGCGGAGGGGCGGAGAGAGACGCAGACGCGGGUCGCGUGCACAGACGGCAUUGGCCUCGUGGCUGAGAGAGACAUUCAAGUAGGUGAGGAAAUUCUGAUAUCGUACGGAGAAGACAACGAGCGACUCCUCCUGAACUACGGAUUCUUCGAUGACAUGCCUCGCGUGAGGAAGACGAGCCUCUUUUUCUCAGCAAACCUUGUUAGGGCUGCGCUGGCCGCGACAGAAGUCCCCGACUUGCUGUUGCUUGGGGGCUUUGCGGGUCUGCCAGCGCGGAUGUCCGCUGCUCUGAAGAAGCUGAAUCUCAUUCCGAACCCUGACGACGCGCCUCACGCGUCCUCCGCCUUCGCUCCCUUCGUCGCCGUCUUCGCCGACGCGCCCUUCGUUGAUGGCCGCCUCCUCGCAGCUGCUCGGCUUCUCAUGCUUGACGACGCGUCGUCGAUUUCAGACGCCUUCGAUCUCGAGAGAGCGACUCAGUGGGAGUGUCCCUUCUCUCCAGAAAACGAGCGACGCGCAUGCAUUUUCCUCAUCAGUUUGCUUCGGCACGACCUGCAUCGCGCGCACUCGACUUCGCUGGAGGAGGAUCUCGACAUGUUGAGAGAGGGGCGGGUGCCCACGCACGCGACCGCCUUCGGCACUGUGCCCUUCGACCCGCUGACCAAGACGCGCGAAGUCGCCCUGCGGUUUCGUAUACACCGCAAGCGCGUCGUGCGCGAGGCGAUUCUCGCCCUGCAAGCCCGACUCUCCAGGCAGAGUUUGCAGUAA